AUGGAAGAAGAAUAAUAAAUCUUGAAAUAUGGAGACAAUAUUAUACUUAGAUGUAUGGUAGAUAAUAAGAUAUACUAUUUACUUGCUAGGAAUGAAUAAUACCUAAUGGAAACAAAGCUUUAAUUAGGUAAUUCUUGUACAUUUAAUAUGUAUAAUUUUCCUCAGCAUAUGGUAUUUAAAGUGUUUCCUAAACUGAUGUAUGAAGCCUAAAAAAAUUACAAUUCAAAUAAGUCUUUUGGAGCUUCUUUUAAUGUGUAGAAGUAAUUACUAUACACAAGAAUGGAGACUGAAAAAAAAUAUAAUCAAAAUCUGUUGAAAUAAACAAAGGGGCAAAAAAUAAUGUAUGGAGAUACAAUAAUGUUAUAUUAACCAUUAAGUUAAGUAUUUUUGUUGAGAGCAGAAAAUAAUAAUUCAAAUUCAAAUAUCGGAACAAUUUUGAGUUCUUUAAUGUAUUUUACAGUAUAACCUGAUCCUUUGGCUUUAGACAUAAAAUAUGGCAGUCCAGUUCAUUCAUUUGAUCAAUUUCUAUUAGUUCAAAGUGAUACAAUCUUGAAAUUUGAUACUUUAUAAGAAAUUUACCGCUUACCUGAGAUAAUAAAAUCUAAUAAUCUUGAUCAUAAUAAUGAGUUUUUAACUAUCCCAGCAAUAAUUGAAAAUUAAUACUAAUUCAAAUUUUACAAAGCCUAAUACAAACAAUUUACUACAGAUUCAAAAGAAUCUAUAAGCCAUAACACACUAUAAGCUAUAGUUUUGAAAUAAGAAAAAGAUAAUAGCCAUUUAUUUUAUGGUUAAUAUGUAAGAAUAGUACAUAUGUAAUAAAAAAUAAAAAAAGAAGGAUAAGAAUCAAGAAGCAGAUCAAUAAAAGUAGAUGAUCAACAAGAAAGUUAAAUAAAUAAAGGAUAUUUAACAUCAUCUAUAAAUGCAGUGGGAUGUUAUCCUUCAGUUUAUUUAUAAAUUAAUGAUAUAUAGAAUUCAGAUCUAAUUGAAAAGGCAGCAUCUAUUUUCUAAAUUUUACCAGAAAAUGAUCAAAAAUAUUCUGAUGAAAUUUAAUUUACUGUAGGUAAUAAACCAAAUUUAGUUGGUUAUACAGCUUUCUUACUUAGACAUAUGUUAACAGGAGAGUUUUUAAGAGUUAAUCCACUUGAUAAUAAACUAUAAUUAUCUAAAGAAAUAAUCAAUAAGUAUCGAAAACUUAAUACUACAUCUUAAAAAAAAUUGGAUGCUUCCAAAUAAACUGAAUCAAAAUCAACAACUAUAAAAAAUUUACCAGGAAUAAAAUUAUAUAGAAAUCUAAUCAUGCAAUAAAAUAAUAAUAAUUAAAAUUAAAAUACUUUAACAUAAUAAGAUGAACGUAUUUUAACUUAAUACUAAUAGACUUAAGGAAAUUAAGAAGAAGUUGAAUAAGAUUCUUGUUUAUUAGAUCAUUAAUUAUUAUUUUUAACUAAGUUAGGCAAUAAUCCUAUCUUUUAUAAAGAUUAGUUACCUUUUACAAAUGAUACAACAUUUAAUAUUGUAACUAAGGAUGGGAAAUAUCCUAUUGAAGUUGACAAUUAAGAAGAAGGUGGCUAUUAAGUUACAUUAAUAACAAGGUUGGGCAAGUUUAAUGAAUAUGGUGAAGAAAAUUUAGAAUAAACAUUAUAUAAAUAAUUACAUGAUGAAUGGGUAACAUUAAUCCCUGAUUUAGAUUUUUAUAUAAAAAAGAAUAAAUAAUAAUUAAAAUCAGAAGAACUAGAGAUUAUUUAGUUUAUAGAGAGUGAAAUGAAAAGAUAAGCUAAAAAUAAAGUUGACAUGCGACAUUACAAAUCAGAUGAUGAAACCUUUAAACCUACUUUUAUUAAUUUAAAUCCUCUUAAUACUAAGUAUUUGGAUGUGAUGGCAAGUGAGGACUUUUAAGGUUCAAAUUUCAAAUUUGAAGUUGUAGAUUAAAGUGAAAUUGAAGAAUUAAGUGAAGUCUUAGAUUUAAUGUUCCCAUUAAUUGUUUUAGCUAAAAAUUCUAUUUAAUUAUCAACUUUAAAAUUCAAAUUCAACAAUCAUAAAUUUAAAGAUUCUAAAGAAUCUAAAAAUCUCACAUUUUAAUUUCUAAAAUAAUAAGCUUAAACUAUUUAAAAUAUUAAUCAGGCAGCUAAAUCCCUCAUCAAAAUUAUGUUAUGGUUGACAGACAAUUAAGAUGGUUAAGUUUAGGAAAAUUUAAAUUCUGAUCCUUUAGUUAGACGAUAAUGUAUUGCAAGAGAAAUUGGUUGUAUUGAUUAUGUGAAUAAAAUUAUUUAUGAGUUGAAUAUCAAUGAGUUAUUAUAUGAGAAUUAAGAUAUGGUGAUAUAAGAUGAGGAUAUGUUUCAAUAAAAUAUCAAUCAAUUAAUCCAUGCUCUUUCAUCAUUUUUAUAAUUAGUAUGUAAAAAUUAAAAUGAUAAUUCUAUAUAUAUAGUAUAGUGGUAUUGUCUCUACAAACAUAUAUUACUAAGAGGAUAGGUAAAUAAUUUAAUGAGAUUAGACAUUUUAAUUACUUAAUUAUUUAAAUAAUCUGAUGUAAUGGUUUCAUUUGAAUUUGAAGUCUCUCAAUUAUCAAAGGAAACCAAAUUUACAAAUUAUAAUAAUCAUGCAUUUAAUUUAUUAAUUGCUUUUUGUCUAUUUACAGAAUUUAGAAAAAAAGAAGGAAUUGAAGGAAUUAUAGAACAUAUUUUUAAAGAAAAUAAGGAUUCAAUUUUCUCUUAAUUAAUUUUUGAUGGCAAUAUUCAAUUUAUUCUCCGAGAAAGAGCUCUAGAUAUUUAAAAAACAUUAAGAUAAUCUAUAGAUUCUAAUAUGUUAGCUCAAAGCCCAAUUAUGAUUGAUGGAUUGAAUUUUCCAAAUAUAAAAGCAUUACAUGAUUAUAUUAUAUCUUGUGUAAGAUUGGCAUCGGAAAUUUCUAAAUCAUCACCAGCUUAGACCUUAAAAUAAAUUAAAAAAUUAUUUCCCUUCUACAUUGUAGCUUAAAUAAUAUAAGAUCCUAGCAUUUCAUCUUUGACUAAAUCAUAUUUCUUAGAAUUAUUUUAGAAUUCUUAUAUAGCUAAACAUUUAACACCUUUGCCAAGAGCACAAUUUCCAUAAUAUUUAAAAAUGGUGGUUAAAAAGAAUAAAGCUAAAGGAGGAUUCCUCUAAAUGUUUAAAAAAGAAGAAUAUGAAAUUAUUCUUUAUGCUUUUGCACAAAAAAAGAUUUCUGAAGUUUAUCAAAAGGUAGGAAAAAAAUAUUUAGUUGAAAGUGACACUACUAUUGACUUUUGGUUAUAUAUGUCUGAAUUCAUCUCAAAUUUUUGGAAAAAUAAAUCUAUUUAUGAAAUUAAAGCUAAUGAUCAUGUAUAUAUCAAAUAAUUGAUUUUAACAUUUACAGAAUUCUUAAAAAAAGGAUUAUUCAUUGAAUAUCUAAGUGAUGCUCAUAAUUUGUAUAAUAUGUAUCAUAAAUUCAUAGAAUUUCUUAAAAAUUCUGUAGUUUCAGCUACACUUGAAGAGAAAUAUAUAAAACAUCAACUUUAAGGAAAUUAAAAAUCCAAAGAAUAGAAACCAUUAGAGGUAAAGGAUUAUUUGUUUGAAAGCACAAUUACCUAAAGGGCAGUGUCUAGAACUACUUAUGCUAAAAGUAUGAUUUGGUUAGAUGAAUUAAUUGAAAUUCUAAUUCUUUUAGAAUAAUUUCAAUAAUCCAGAAUGGCAGAUUAAUUUAUUAUGACAGAUGACAAUUAAACAAUAUUUGAUGAUUUACAAUAUUUGUAAAAAUUUGCAAAAAAUAAAAAAUAUGCUGAAGUUGUUUAAAGGUUGAGAUAAGCCAAAAGAGCUAGUUAUCAUACUAGAGGACAACCAUCUAAAAGUUAACUUGAUGAUAAAGAUAUGUUUACAACAUAAGAAUUGACAACAAUUUUGAGAGAAUGUACUUAUGCUCGUAAAACAGUAAUCUUAGAAUAUAUUGGAGGAAUAAAAUAAACUGAUAUAUCAUUAGUUUAUUUUUUAAUUGAAUUGCUUACUUUAAAUUAAAUAAGAUUAUCAGCUAAAGUUACUGAAUUCUUGUGGCUUAUUUAUUCUACAAGAAGUAAUUUUCUAUAAACAUUGAAUUAAACCAUUUUAAUUGAAGCAUUAGAUGAAGGAGAUUUAUAAUUUUAAAUUAAUUAAACCAUAUUUACAGAUUUUUCAAACAUAUAUUGGAAAUUACAUUUUGCAAUAAUUGAUUUAAAAUAAUCAUUAGAAAAAGAUUCCAGUAAACAUUAUGAAACAAUCAAUGAUGCUUUAUCAGAUAUAUUAGUUAUAUUUUAUUCAGACUAUGCAGCUAAAUCAGAUAUGUAAAUGUUUAUGGAAAUUAAUUAAUUGGAGAAUGAAGAGAAACAUUAUUAAGCAUAAGAAGAAAAAAUGGUUAAGAGCAAGAUUAAAUAAGAAAUAGCAAUUAUAGAGUAAUUUGUAUCAAAAGCAGAACUUGAUUUAAUUGAUUUAUCAGCAUAAAAUCCUAUGAGAGAUGAACAAGAAGAAUAAUUAUAGUCUAUAAAAUCAUUUACUAUGGAUUAGUAAUAAAAAUUUGUUUGGAAAAUAAAUAAUUCAUUAUCAAUUGAUGUUUUGACAAUAUUUUAUAGAUAAAAAUUAUUAAGGUAUUUAGGUUUUCAUGAAUUGAUGUAAAAAUUAAUAGAUAAUUUAAAAUAAGAAACUAGUACUCUAUUUAGAGAAAAAGAUGUUCUAGUUAGUAAUGCAAAUAAAAAAGGAUGGGAAAUCAAAAGUGAUAUCUUAGAAAAAAGCAUAUUAUUUUUGAUUUAUUUUGUAAUACGAAAUGAAGAAAACUAAGAAAUGAUAUUAAAUUUAAGUAAGCAUAAGGAUUCUUUUUUACAUGAAAUGUGUAAUGUCAAAAGAAAACAUUUUUAAACUCUAAUUUACAUUUUAUUUGCUGAAUUAUUUCGAGAUAAUUAUAACAUUUUAUUUUCAUUAGAUAAAUAUAAUGAUGAGAAUUCUAUUCUAGCAAAAUUGUUUUCUGUUUUUGGUAAUAAUUUUGCUAAUAAAAAUUAUGAAGCAGCUAUCUAUUUUCUUUAAUUUUUAUAAAUACUUUUGAAAGUAAAAGAAAGUGAUGUUGUACAAAAUAAUUAUGUUAUCGUGUAAUUAUUUUAAUCUACAAAAUAACUUGCAACUUUUGCCAAAGACAUUGGAAAUCUUAUACAUACUAUAUAUAUUUUUAGAUUGGAAUCCUUUUUUACUGGUAGUCAUACAACUGCUUUAUAAACACCACAUAAUUAAUAAAAACAUACAUAAUUGAAUGGAAUUAUUGAAAUGCCAAUAGAAAUUCUGUUUAUAACAGAAUUACUUAGAUUAAUGAGAAUUAUUUGUUCCAAAAGAUCAAUAUUGGUUAAUGAAUUUAUUCACAAAUUAUUUCCAAUUAAUAAAGUUGCUGAAAUGUUAAAUCAAUUAGAUGAAUGGUAUCCAUUAAAAUCAGAGAUUGUACUGUACUUUUAAAGUGUAUUCUUAGAUAAUUUACAAUUCUUAAAUUUUGAAGAAAAACAAGAAUUAGUUAAAACUAUGACUGAAGUAAUAUUUAAAUAAAUGACAGUUAGUUUUAUAGAAAAUCAGAAUCUUAAAAAAAUGGGAAAUGUAAAAUUAGUGAAUAGUAUAGUAUUUAAUAUAUUUGGAUUAAGAAAUCAAUAUACAAGUUAAGAAUAUAUUAUGUCAAUAUCAGUUGAGAAAGCUAGUUUUAUUUAUAUUAUUUAUGGAGUUUUGGAAGUAACCAAAGUCUUUGUUAAAAAGGUUUUUCCAAAAUAUUUUGAUAGUGAUGAACAAGAAUAUUUUGAAGAUGUUGUUUAAAAUGAAAUAAUUUCAAUAUAAUAACCUAUCUGUGAAAUAAUUGAAAAAGUUAGACAAUUUAAUUUAAGCGCUCCAAAUGGAGGAUCAAGUGAAAAAAUCAAAUUUUUGAAUUAUAAUAGAAGAAGUGGAUAAAAAACAACUAAAUUAUUGAAUUUAACCCAUAAAUUAUUAUCUAAUAAUUAAGAUGAAUAAAACUAAGAACUUAGUUUUUUGGCACAAGAAGAUGAUGAAAUCGAUAAAGAAAAUAUUAAAAGGAUAGUAGAGACCAUAAAUUUCUUUAAACAGUCAGAUAUUGCGUUUUAAUUACUAAGAAAUGAUUUAUAAUAAGGAGAUUAAAUGAUUUUAGAUAAAUGGAUAAAGUCAAUAAAAUCAUAAAGAACAAAAUUAAUUGAUGAACAUCUUGUUGCUUCAGAGAGAGAAAAUGAAAUUCAAUAAUUAGUAAAUUUAAUUAUUACUUUAAAACGUGAUGAUACAACUAAAUUUAAGAGAAUGGUAACAGCUUUAAUUUAAAUGUUAUCUGAAACCUCAAUUUCACCAUCCAUUAAAUUAAAAUCUAUUAAUAUAGUAAGGAAACUAUCAAAUUAUAAAGAAGAUUUUCAAAUCACUAAAUCUAUAUUAAAAGAUUUAGGAGAACUUGGUUUCACGGAUUUUCUUUGUGAUUUAAUUAAAUAAGAAGUGGAUUCUGAAUAAAAGCUUGAAUAUAUUAAAGCUUUUGUAGAUUAUAUAGAUGAUUCAUCUCGGGAAAUUUAGAAUUCUUUUUUAUUGUAUUUACAAAGAGAUCUUUCAAAUACUUUUAUAAUAAAUUUAUAAAAUUUCAUAACAGAUAUGUUUUAAGAUGUAAAAAUGGCAGAGAUAUCCAAAAUUGAAAGAAAAAAUAGAAAUAUUAAUAAAAUAUUGAAUAAUAAAAUAAAUGGAUGUAUUUUGAUUUUUGAAAUGUUUCGUUUAGGUUGUGAGGAUCAUUUUAUUUAAAUGUAAAAUUUUUUAAGAAUUCAACCUAAUAGUAAAUAACCUAUUAAUUUUAUAAUGUUUACAGCUGAAUUAUUUGAGAAAUAUGUUUAAAUAAUGAAUGAACAGAACGUAGCUCUUGGAUAAAAAUUACUUGAUUUUUUAAUUGAAUGUGUUUAAGGUCCUUGUUUAGAAAAUUAAACUGAACUAUGUUAAUCUACUAAAAUUUUAGAGGUUCUUGAAUAAAUUAUACUUUAAUAAAGAGUUGAUAAAGAGAAAUUUUAAAGAAGAGAUAUAGUUUUUUCAAGUUUAAGAAGCAAAGUAUUUUUACUUCAAUUAUCAUUAAUGGAAGGAAAUGGUGAUUAAGAAAUAGCAAAGAAGAUAUCUUAAUAUUUUAAUCCUUAAAUUCUUUUUGAAAGAAUAUAAUUAGUUUAUUGGAAAAUAAUAAAAAAGAUAAGAAAUACAUAGAUUUAAAUAAAUUUAGAAUUAAAAGUAUUAGAGAGAGUUAAAACUGAAGCAGAAGAGCCAGUAAAUUUACAUGGAGUUAUUUAGACAAAGGAUACAAAAGAGACUUUACCAAAUUAAAAUUUAUUCAUGGAAUUCUUCUCUAAUAAUUUUCAUAAUAUUCGAUCUUAAUAACAUUUAAAAGUUUAAUAAUAAUCCUAAGUUAAUUCAAUUUAAGAAGAAGAGAUGGAAGAAAUGGUUGGUGAAACUUUUAUGAUGUAUUUAUUAUUGAAAAAGCUCAGCAAUUAUAUUCCAUAGAUUAAAAAUUUUACAGAUAGUGAAAGUAAUCCUAAAUUAAGAAGAGCUCUAAAUUACUAUAAAAAUGAAACAGCUUCAAUUGAAAUAGUAAAUAUGAAUGGAAAAUUAGAGAAAAUAUAUUUUUAAGUUCCAACUCUAAUGAAAUAUCUAACAGAAGAGACAAAACAUUAAUUUAUGGAAGAAGUUGAAAGAGAUUCAAUUAAUGAUAAAAUAAAUGGAUUACUGGAUAACAUGGAUAAUUUUUAUAUGGAAAUGGUACACUUUAUGAAAUUAAGAAAAAUAGGAAUUAGAUUUAACAAUAAUUUUAUCGUUUACUUAAGGAAUAUGUGUAUGAUUUUAGCUCUUUUAUUGAAUAUUCUAAUUACAAUAGAUGACACUGAAGAGAAACUUGCAAAUCUAGCAAAAGCUAUAGCUAUAGUGAAUUGUAUUUUAUAUGGAGUAAUAAUUCUUACUUGGAUUUUUAUAAGAAUGUAAUUAGAGUAUGAUAGAAUAUACAAAUAAGUUUCUGAUCUAAUAUAAUUAAAUUAUUUGAAAAAAUCUAAUCAAAAUUAAUCUUAAUCAGUAAAUUCAAAAACAUAUAUUUAUCCAUUUCAAAUAACUUUACUUCAAGCAUUAUUAAUAAUCAAAAGAAUGCUAUUUAGUAGUUAUACUUUUUAUUGGUUUUUAUUGCUUAUUGUAAAUUUAUUAGGUCUUUUGUAUAAUAAAUUAUUUUAUGGAUUCUUAUUAUUAGAUAUCAUAGAUCAUUCAUAAGUUUUAAGAAAUGUAAUUAAAAGUAUAUCACUUAAUUAUAAACAAUUAUUGAUGACAGUUUUAUUGGGAGUAUUAAUAAUGUAAAAAUAAUAAAAUUAUAUAGGUAUUUAUAUUCGUUGAUAGCAUAUUAAAGUACUGAUUUUAAGGAAUAAUUAAAAGAAGGUAAUAGUGCAUCUGAUGAAUCUGAUUCUUUAGAUUCAACAGUUUGCUAUUCUGCUUUUUAAUGUCUUAUAUUUGUUAUUCAUUAAGGUUUGAGAGCAGGUGGAGGAAUUGGAGAUGUUUUAGUAGCUCCACCUACUCAUUCAAACUUAAAUUAUUAUUCAUAAAGAGUUCUUUAUGAUGUAACAUUUUUUAUUCUCAUCAAUAUCAUUUGGUUGAAUAUUAUCUUUGGUAUUAUCAUUGAUACUUUCGCUUAAUUGAGGGAUUAAAAAAAUUAAAAAGGUAAUAUUAAUAUAUAUUUAAAGAUUUCGAUUCUUAAAAUAGAUGUUAUAUAUGUGAUUUAACUAGAACUGUUUUUGAAAAAGAAGGUAUAUCAUUUGACAAUCAUGUUCACAAAUAUCAUAAUCCUUGGAAUUAUUUAGCUUAUUUAUUAUAUCUAAAGGUGAAAUAGAAGACUGAACAUACAGGCACAGAAUCAUAUGUUUAUAGCAAAUUCUUAUAAAAUGAUAUUAGUUGGUUACCAAUCUAAAAAGCAUUAGAUUUAGAAUUAAUCACAGAAUAACAACCAAAAUAGAAUUUAGAAAAUAAUAUUGAAGAACAUAAUUAAAAAUCACUUCAUUGA